GUGUGUGUGUGUGUGUGUGUGUGUGUGUGUGUGUGUGUGUGUGUGUGUGUGUGUGUGUGUGUGUGUGUGUGUGUGUGUGUGUGUGCACUCACAUUUCUUACUUCAUGGGAUCCCAACGCAGGGAGCACACCAACGGCGGGGGGCCCAAAACCGGUGUGGGGCCCUAAAUGGUGGGCCCCACACUGAUUUCAGUUAAAAUGAGCUCUAAAGCCCCACCUAGUGUCCCUCUUGCUUUUUUAUCACUUGGCCCACAAGGUGACAAAGAGUGGAGAUGUGUGUGCAUGUGUGUGUAAACUAGCGCCCCUGGAGCUGGUAAGGUGGUAUUGCACCAACACACACUUUCCGGAAGUGGGUUUACACACUUCCGGAAGUGGGUACCUUUGGCCAAUCGGAAGAAGAAGAAGUUCAGCGGUAAACCCACUUCUGGAAGUGGGUACCUUUGGCCAAUUGGAAGAAGAAGAAGUUCAGAGUUCAAAAAAAAAGACAGAAGAAGAACAAACAUUUCAAGUGACAUAUCAGCAUCAGGUAAGCAUGAUUUUGUUCAAUUUAUAUCGUUUAUCUCUUAGUGAGGUUAAUUACUUUAUCAGGUAAGCAUGAUUUUGUUCAAUUUAUAUCGUUUAUCUCUUAGUGACGUUAAUUAACUUCAUUACAAUAACUGUUAGCUGCUACCGUGAGCUACUUGUUAGCUGCUCAUGUUGUUGAAAUAGUAGCGAUAUAUAGUGGUCAGUUGUUUUUUUCUUUUUUUGCAGAGCACUUGUGUAUUGAUUGCUCCCAUUAUGUAAAGACUAUUUCAACCAAUAUAACAACGUUCAUCUGAAGAGAACAGACUCCAGCUUUCAAGCUGUCUAACGUUACUCAGCAGUCGCUAUUAGCGUUAGCAAAGAUCGCUAGCGUCUAGCAUUAGCAGCUAGCGUCUAGCAUUAGCAGCUAGCGAUAUUCUCUAUUGACAUCUUCAGAGGUCCAGGCCUCUGAGGUUAGUGUGUUAUGUAGUGUGGUGUAGUGUAGUCGUUUAAACAAUGAGGAGACUGCUGAAUGUGGAGCAGGAAGAGCAGCACUUCAUUGAGCCGGAGGCAUUGCCUGCAUUUAACAUGUAAAUAGUUACAUAUAACUUUGUAAAUUUCAAAAACUUAUGCACCAUUUUAGCAAACAACAAUUUGUUUUUGCAUUAUAAGUAAUGUAAUUGGUUCGUUAAACAUAUUUGUGGUUUUCACAGUAAAAAAUCUAACUUUUUCCUACUCGGAUUUUGUUUUUUUGUGACUUUAGGUCCAUUGUGUUAAUACAGUACAUCUAAAUUUAUAAAAACCCCACCCAUUUUUACAUGCUACUAUAAUGAAAUUCAACUGUAUAUCAAGUCCCUAAAAUUGAAAAGGAAAUCCAAAAGUGCUAAAGAGAUUUAAAAAUUAAUAACUCCAUUUAACUAAUGAAGUGACCUCUUUUAUUUUUUUUUAUUUUUUUAGUUUGGCAUAGAUGCGCGAUGAUGAAGAAAAUUAAAUGAAAUAUCUUUGCUUAAUUUAGAUUGAUAACAUCAUUAUUCAUUAAAAGAACACGGUCCAGACCUGGUCUAUAGGAAAAGUUCUGUUGAGAUUUUUUUGAUAAAUUAAAUUAACUUGACUUUCAGACAAACACGUGAACACACACCUUUAGCCAGACAGAGAGAGAAGAGCACAACAUGCCGUAAACCCAGGGGAAACUCUGCUGUCUGUUGCUAAUGCGUUUUAUAUAUCAGCAGCUAGCAAUCUAGGCAACUCAUGACAAUAUAAACAGGAAUCUCUGAACAAUUCUCUUAUACUGUAUGUGUAAUCAUGAUUAAAAUUAUUUUCACAGAGCCAUUAUGUCCAAAAGAAGAAGAAGAAUAAAGCCAGUAGAUGAUGCAAAGACAUAUAUUCUGUCUUGCACUGACAAGUCUGGAAUAAUGUCAAGACUUGUCGACAGUUACAAAGGAAGAGGAGUGAUUGCUAUGCAGCCCAUUGAACCAGGGGACUUUGUUUUGGAGUACAGGGGUAAACUCCUCACACAGGAAGAAUGCCAGUCACGACAGUACUCAGAGAUUGAAAGCACAUUUCUCUUUGACUUUGAGUGGCAAAACCGUCGCUUGUGCCUCGAUGCAUCUAAAGAAGAUGGAUCUCUUGGAAGAUUAGUCAAUGACAACCACAAAAAUCCAAAUUGUGUCAUGAAAAAAAUCACUGCAGCAGCAGUAGAGAAAGAGACCAGCCCUGUACAUCAGAUGAGCUACCCUCAGACUCCUGCAGCAGCAGUAGAGAAAGAGACCAGCCCUGUAUAUCAGAUGUGCUACAAGGCAUCAAAGCCAGAUGAGACGAACGCACAGACUGAUAGUGGACCGGAAGGUUCUUAUCGUUUGUAUGAUUCAGAUGAAACUAUUGUGAAAGAAACCAGUGAUGAGGCUUCUCCAAACAUCGAGCAAUCAGAUGAUGAACUUGUUCCAUCACUGAGACGCACUAAAAGCAUUAUGAUGGAUAGAGUACAAGAUUUUGCUGGCUGUCUCUACGAUUCCAGUGAUGACAGCACAGAGGGCACUUUUAUUUCUAAGCCUGAAAGGGAUUCACAGAGGCUGAGAAGAAGUUCUUGCCAUCCUAUUCAGAUGAAUCUUGUGGAAUCAGAUGACUCAAACAUUGGUAGUGAAGAUGAUUACAUUCCAUGUCCCAUGGACGAAAGCACAGAAAGUGAUAGCAGUUUGGAAUCAACCCUGGAAGAUCGAAAAAAGAACAAAGGUGCAUCUAGUGAGAGCAGAGGAAAGUCUUCCAGUCAGAGCAAGUUUGAGCCCGGGGAAAGUGGAAGUGAGUCCUCCAGGCAGAGAAGAAGCAAGUCAUCCAGUCAGAGCAAGUUUAAGCCCGGGGAGAGUGGAAGUGAGUCCUCCAGGCAGGGAAAAAGCAAGUCAUCCAGUCAGAGCAAGUUUAAGCUCAGGGAGAGUGGAAGUGAGUCCUCCAGGCAGGGAAGAAGCAAGUCAUCCAGUCAGAGCAAGUUUAAGCCCAGGGAGAGUGGAAGUGAGUCCUCCAGGCAGAGAAGAAGCAAGUCAUCCAGUCAGAACACAAGUGAGUCUUCCAGUCAGAGCCAGCUUGAUUUUAGCCAGAUGAGACGACUAAGGGAUCAGUUGUGUGCGUGUGCGCGUGUGCGCGCGCGCGUAUUGAGAGACGAUGAAGUGAAAUGCUGGACAGUUAAUGUGUUCGUCAUAACACACACUUCAGCAGGCUGUGUGUGUGUGUGUGUGUGUGUGUGUGUGUGUGUGUGUGUGUGUGUGUGUGUGUGUGUGUGUGUGUGUGUGUGUGUGUGUGUGUGUGUGUGUGUGUGUGUGUGUGUGUGUGUGUGUGUGUGUGUGUGUGUGUGUGGAGCCGGCGUAAUCACUGUUAUGAUCUUCAAUAUGUAUCUAAACAAAGUCAUAACAUUGGAUUGGAGACCAAGUGAGGGACGGUCAAGAUUGCGGGGCGCACAGAGCCCUCGGCCCGGCGAAAAAAGACUAAAAGAGACCCGUCAUCAUUAACUUCACAGUUUAGUGACAAACAACGGAUUGUUGCAGCAGCCAGGGAGAAUGGCGAGCUCACCUACCAGGGCAGCAAGAUUAACAUGCGCCAGGCCUUCUCGACCCAGGUUAGGAAUGCCAGGCGGCAGUUUAAUGGGACCUGCGAGCGGCUUAUCCAAAGAGGAAUACGGUUCCAGACGGCUACCCAGCCACCUUAUGCUUCACACUCAACGGAGAAGAGUACACCUAUAAAAACUCGCAGGGAGCGGACGACUUUCUGAGCAAGAAUGGACCUCAGAGAGUGCUGAUUUAGAGGGAAGAAUUUUAUAAUUUUUCUAUAUACUAUACAGACUAAGCUGACAACUGACCGUUUGCAUGGAACUAUGGAGAGGGAAUUAAUCUGCUCCAUGUAGAUGUGCGGACAGCGGCACGCCAAGAGACGUUGUUUUGAUGUCUUUUUUUACCUUUUUUUUACCUUGAUCCUGAGAUUUCGCGAGUCCCGAGGUGCGUAAGUGUGAACACCCUAUAUGACACUUGGUUUGCCGAAGUAGAAGUGGAUGUGUUUUGGUUUGAAUGGCUGCUGUGCGCUGUCUGAUGUGUAUGUGUAUGUAUGUAUAUAUAUGUGUGUGUGUGUAUAUAUAUUUAUAUAUAUAUUUUUCUUUCUCAUAUCUAAUGGCACAAAUAUAAACACGCAGUUGUCAUGCACGAAAGUUUUUUUGUUUUUGUUUGUAGUUUUGUUUUCUUCUCUCUCUUCGGCGUUGGGCGGGAGGUUUGUAGGGGACAAGUCUCAGCGGUAGGAUGGAUGUGCCUGCAGCUGAGGUGUGGGACUCUCUCAGCGGUUGAGAGAUGGCUUUUGGCUUCACGUGUUCCAGGGGGUUCUGUGCCACUGUGUGGCUAUAUUUGUUCUGUUUUGGGGGGGUUCUGUUUUGCAUUUCAUUUUUCCCAGACAGUACUACUACUUCUUUUUAAAUAUAUCUACUCUAUGUGUCUAUCAGUGUGCUAUGAUUACGUGUCUUACCUGUGUUUUAGUAGUUAACCAAGCUAAAUGAGUGAUCUUAAAGUUAUUUCACUUUAUGUGAAAGGCAUUAACCACGUCAUCAAACACCAGAAAACACUAUCUUUCCUUAAGAAAGACAAAUGCCAGGU